CGCAUCGCAUCCUUCCACAAACCCCAGCUCUCGCUCCAACUCAAUCGCCGGCUGCUAACGUACGAGUACGACGGACGAACGCGAGAUCGAUCGAGCUACUGAAGGUGCAAGGCCACGACACGUGCCUGUUGUUCUCAUAGUCAUAGCUAGCCAUGGUGGCCGGACUGGAAGAUCCCGCCAUUGACCCGACCACGCUCUCCCUUGCGCUCUCUGCAUCGGCGCCGGCGCUCAACAAGGAGGACUACAUCGCCAUCUGCCUCGCCGCGCUCGCCGGAACCCGCAAGUUCGGGCUCGGUCGGGAGCAGGACCAGCACCAGCACACAAAGUGGUGCCCGACGACGACGACCCACGCGCCAUCUACGCAGCAGGAGCUUCGGUUCCGGUGCGCGGUCUGCGGGAAGGCCUUCGCCACCUACCAGGCGCUCGGCGGCCACAAGUCCAGCCACCGCAAGCCGCCGACGCCGGAGCGGUACGCCGCCGCCCUUGCCGCCGCGGCGACGGCGGCGGCGGCCCGGGGCGACCACUCCGACGAGACGACGGCGUCGUCUCUGUCGGGGUCGGCGGCUAGCGGCGGGCCACACCGGUGCAGCAUCUGCCGGAGGGGCUUCGCCACGGGCCAGGCGCUCGGCGGGCACAAGCGCUGCCACUACUGGGACGGCAUGUCCGUGUCCAUCUCCUUGUCGUCCGCGGCGUCCGGGAUGGCGUCGUCGUCGGGCCUCAGUACCGUCAGGAACUUUGACCUCAACCUGGCGCCACUGCCGGAGAAUGGCGACGCCGGGAUGAUGAAGAGGUGGGCCGAGGAAGAGGAGGUGCAGAGUCCGUUGCCGAUCAAGAAGCGCAGGUUGUCGGACUGACUACUCACCGAUGCCGUCGUGUCUAUCGUUUCAUGUAAAAAUGGAUCUACGCCAUCGUUGUGUCGUUAAUUUAAUUUGUUUUAAUUAGGUUCUGUUUUUUCUGGACAUAAAUUCGUUCAAUUCAUUGAUUCGUCACUUCCUUUGUUUCCACACCUGUUAAAUUCGUGUGUUAUAGCGCUUCCACGGUCCACGCAUCGGUAACAAAUUGUGUCUCGUAUUUUUCUUCCAUGUUUUUUUCCCACGGUACUAAUAAUGUUACAAGUUGAUAACACGAUUUUUAUUUCAUUGUUCAAAAUAAAGAUCCUUUGUAUUCA